CUUCUAGAAUUGUGAAGGAAGUCGAGUGUUGUGACUAAAGAACGAGAUGUCGCACCGCAAAGCAGCUACCGGAAUUGUCAGAGACACUGAAGCAGAGGACGGAAGUGCUGAAGAAAGUGAGCAGCUAGUAGUAGAGACCAUCUGCAGCCGCGGCUCGGCAUCUAGUGAAGCCAUGAUAAAAGAGGACAAGGUUGAGCUGACCAACAUCUACGGGGCAUAUGGUCCGUUCCAACGAAUCGUGUUCCUCUUUGCCGUCACGAUCAGCAUGUUUGGCGCAUACCACAACCUCAUCAUCACGGCCGUGGCACAAAUUGACCACUGGUGCGCAAAGCCCGAGGCCUUUGAGAACAUGACCGACGACGAGUGGAAGCAGCUGGCCAUUCCCAAGGAAAUGAGGCAAGGGCAAGAGCGCUACAGUCAGUGCGAGGAGUACGAUUUCGAAACCAAUACCACGGUGAAGUGCAACUCCUGGGAGUACGACCACAGUCACUACAAGCGCACCGUUGUCGAUCAGUGGGAUCUCGUGUGUUCAAGAAGCUGGCUUGUCUCUCUCAGCCAGUCUGUGUACAUGGCAGGCUACAUGACAUCCAUGAUCAUUUUUGGACAACUCUCUGACAGAGUUGGAAGGCGCACCGUGAUCUGCAUUGCCCUUACCAUUCUACUUACUGCCGGGUUCUCAACACUCCUCUCCAAGACGUUCAUCGCCUUCAUUUCCUUGCGUUAUUUCGUCUCGCUCGGCGUCUCUGGAGUGGGUGCCACAUCAUUUGUCCUGCUGAUGGAAGUCACUGGUCCAUCCACACGGUCAUUCUUUGGCCUGGCUUAUGAAUUUGGCUGGGCCACUGGUUACCUGGUGUUAGCACUGGUUUCCUACCUCAUCAACGACUGGUUCUAUGUCCAGCUGGUGGCCAUGAUAGCAGCGCUAGUACUCGUCAUUGGCUAUUGGGUUCUCCCCGAAUCUCCACGAUGGCUGAUGGCCAACAAGAAGUUCGACCGAGCUCACAAAUUGAUCAUGGAGGCUGUGGAACGCAACGAGAAGGACAAGGACGAGGCAGAGCUCAAGUUUCAGCUGCUGAAGAAAGAGAUCGAGAAGGAGGAGCCAAAGCAUGUGUUUGGUAAAGCAACGGUAUUCGACCUGCUCAAGACGCCUGUGCUCAGAAGGCGCACACUCAUUCUCUAUGCCUGCUGGUUUGUCAAUUCAUUCACCUACUAUGCCAUGUCACUCAAUACCAAUGACCUGGGAGGCAACCCAUACCUCAACUUUGCCAUCGCUGGCGCUGUGGAGUUUCCAGCCUACGCCAUCUCCAUAUGGGUAAUCCAGAAGAUGGGACGGCGCUGGUCGCAGAGCGGAUGCAUGCUGUUGGCGGGAACGUCCUGCAUUGUCACCAUCUUCUUCUCGGGAGAGACCCUCUGGGUGAAGAUAACGUUUGCCAUGUUCGGCAAGUUUCUGAUCACGGCCUCCUAUGGCAUCCUGUACGUCUACUCGGCCGAGAUCUACCCCACUGUAGUGCGUAAUGUUGGGGUCGGCUCGAGCUCUACCAUCGCUCGAUUCGGUGCCAUCAUCGCCCCUUUCGUAAAGGAGCUGGGCCAUGCUACGCACGAGAAUGUGCCGUUCGGUGUUUACGGCGCCAUCUGCAUCGCAAGUGGCCUUACCGUGCUCUUGCUGCCCGAGACCCGAGGAGCUCAGCUGCCGGACAGCGUGAUGGAAGGAGAACAAUUUGUUGGGCCGCAACAAUCAAAGUCACAGGACAAGGUGCCAGAAGAGGGGGCGAAAUAACAAAGCCAAGCAGGAUAGUCCGAGGACGAGAUUGUAAGGGAGGGCAUUGUCUAGAUACUCAUAUGCAAGGCAAAGCAUGUAUAUACUGUAACUAGUCUCACUGUAUUUUUUUCUAUUUGCUUUACACCAUAAUCUUGCAAAUGAAUAAACUGUACAGGUGUCUCUUAACUUAAA